GUAAUUUUAAAUUUGAAGCGGUGAUCAUUGGGCAUUAAAUCAAAAGUGUUUUGUUGGUGUACAAAAAUAAAAUACAAAAAUUAAAAAUCUAAAAAAAAUAUAUAUAAAAAACCAAAAGAUAACAUUUAACAAAUAAUUAAGUACUUUUUUGCAAUUGUACAAAGUUUAUAUACAUAUAUAUUUUAUUUUUGGAGAGGACCGGUUUAACGGAGCUCAAACAAGUGCUUAUAUCAUCGUCAACUGCUGUUGAAGGCGAUUUCAGCUACAAACUGCAACUACAACAAAACGCACUUUAACUCUUAAGAAAAAAACCAUGAAGUUAUUUCUAGCUGGUUUCCUGUGCACAGUUCUGGUGGCUUUUGGAAAAGCCCAAGAUAACGGUUGUUUCUCGGCCAAUGAUGUUGGUGCCAUGCCCAAGACCAUACGUUCCGAUUUAUAUCGUGGCCAACAGGAAUUCACUUUGGCCAUGUUAGAGGCCAUACAGAAAGCCACACCCAAUGAAAAUGUUUUCUUCUCUCCCUACUCCACCUUCCAUGCCUUGCUCUUGGCCUAUUUCGGAGCCAAUGGCAAUACAGAAAAGGAAUUGGUGCAGGCUUUGCGUUUGCAAUGGGCCAAAAACAAGAAACACAUCAGCAAUGCCUAUCGCCUGGAAAAACAGACACGUUUCAGUCGCAGCAAGAACUCCUCAGUAGAAUUUGCCUCCGCCGAUAAAAUAUACUUUGACAAGAGUAUUAAUGUUUCGCCCUGUCUCAGUGAAAACUUUAAGGAUGAAUUGGAAACUUUGGACUUUAGAAACAAUGCCGAGGCCAGCCGCAUGAAUAUCAAUCAUUGGAUUGCCGAAAUCACACGCAAUGAAAUUCCCGAAAUGUUGAAUCCUGGCGAUGUCACCACUGAAAGUGAAAUGGUUUUGGCUAAUGCUGCCUACUUUAAGGGUCAGUGGUCGGACAAGUUCGAUGCCAAGGAAACCAAACAGGAAAUUUUCUAUACCUCACCCAGCCAACACUCAUUUGUGCCCAUGAUGCACAAGAGAGGCACCUUCAAUUUGGCCAUUGAUGAACAAAUCGGUGCUCAUGUCUUGCAAAUGCCCUAUAUGACCUCGAACGAUGAGAACAAGGAUUCAGAUAUAUCCAUGGUCAUUGUAUUGCCUCCCUUCCAGUCGGGUUUGGAUGAGGUUUUGUCCAAAUUGAAACCAGACACUUUGGAGAACGCCUUAAAGGACAGUAUGCCCAGAGAGAUUGACAUAUCGUUGCCUAAGUUUAAGUUUGAACAAAAUUUGGAAUUAGUACCGAUCCUCCGAAAAUUAGGCAUCAACUCUCUGUUCGAUCAAUCGGCCGAUUUAUCUGGCUUCUCCGCCGAAUCCCAAUUAAAAUUGGGUGACGCCAAACAUGUAGCCAAAAUCAAGGUGGAUGAGGAGGGUAGUGUAGCUGCAGCCGCCACCGUUUUGUUCAGUUUCCGUUCUGCCCGCCCAGUAGAGCCCACCAAGUUCGAGUGCAAUCAUCCAUUUUUGUUCCUAAUCUACGAUCAUACCUCCAAGGCUGUACUAUUCACCGGCAUCUAUCGGGAUCCCAAGACUCAAAAGUAAAUUUCUGAUUGUGUGUCUGCGUCUGUGUAAAGUAGGAAGUAAAUUAUUAUUGUUAUUUAAUCACAACCCUUCUCUUUUGUAAUUCUCUAUUACUCUCUAUAUUUUUUUUUUACAAUGAAAACAAAAAUAAAAAAAACUACAACUAAAUACUAUUUACUCUUUAUUAAUUUAAAAAACGUGAUUCAUUUAUUUGAAUUCAUUCUUAUUUUUUAUUAUUUUAAUAAUUUAAUUCUGUUUUUGUUUAAUGUAUAUUUUUUUAUUUAAUUAAUUAUUAAUUUGUAUGUGUAUUUUAUAAGUUCUUUUUUUUGGAAAAUAAAUUAUAAACAAUACCUAUAUGAUGACCAUUAAA